UACUUCACUAAAAUACGAUCGUAAAGCUCACUUGAUACACUGUAUAGUGCAUAAUUUUUAAGCACAGCGAGACGUAUAUAAAAAUGGAUUGGAACGAGAGGACAAUAAGACGAGUGGGCAAAGGCCUUAUUUUUGCUAUUUUUGCAAUUUGUGAAUUAUUUGCGAAUCAACAUGCUAUGUGGUCAAAUUUAUUGGAAAAAGCGCUUGCUACUGUUACUAGUUUAAUGGCAGUCACCUUGAUUUUUCAAGUUUUAUAUUUAAUACAAACGAUGUCUAUUCGCAGAAGAUCUUUCAUGGAUCAGGUGGCAUUAUGCAUAGUGUUAGCCCCCGUGAUUGUAUUUGCAGCUUUUCUGGGUAUUUUCUGCCUUAUGUGUGGCCUGCUCUUCCUAUAUUUCUCGAAAAUUUUCGUCGGUGUACUAUUUUUCUGGACUGGUAUUUUCUUCUUAGCAGUAUCACUUCAGUUACUUUUGUAUGAACUAGACGCAAUGCCCUCAAGUACAAGCCCUCCCGGUCUCAAUUUAACUCUAUGAAUAGCUGGAUUUUUAAAACUUGAUUUUAAGUUUUAAUAAUUUUUGACGUUUUAAACUUUAUAUUUGAAAAAUGUUUUUAGAAUGCUGUAUAUUUUACACUUGAUGUGAAAA